AAAAGAGCCUUUACGUAAUCGGUCUGCUAAUAAUAUUAAGCGAAACAAAAAGUUUACAAGAGAAGAGGGAAAAUUAAUAGCAAGAGAAGAGAAACACUCAGAGCUCUCUCUACCAAAUUUCAAUGUCAAGAAGACGAAGUAAUCGUGUUCGAAAUACUAAUAGUAAAUACGUCACCAGUCCUGUUCGUGUUACUAUUAUUGAUGAUUGUGAGGAAGAUGAGUUUUUACACCACAGGACGUGUUGGAAGCAUAUUGCUGCUGCCUUGAACAAGUGUGGUUCGAAACCGAAGCGAGCCAAGGAGUUGGAGAUGUUCAAAUUGACUGCCCCUUGUUUCUAUGACGAAUGCACACGCCGUGGGAGGUCAGAAAGAAGACUCAAGUGCAAGUACUUAGCCUCCAAGCUACGGAAAAAACUUAAUUCUAAAGCAUUUGUAGGUUACCUAGAGGAUGUCUGGAGUGGCUUCUCGGAUGAGAAAAAGAACUCUUUUGUGUACUUAGAUUGUCUAUGGUUCAGUAUGUACAAAAGCGAAAACCAUAACAUUAGAAGCAGUGUUUUCGAUGCCAUUAAGGCAAAGCAGAUCUUCUCGAAGAAAUACGUUUUUCUUCCUAUCGUCUACUGGAGCCAUUGGACUUUGUUGAUCUUUUGCAAUUUUGGGGAGGAUCUUGAUUCAGAUAACACAUGCAUGUUGUUUCUUGAUUCACUACAAACAACCGACUCUUCGCAGCGGCUUGAACCAGAUAUAAGAAAGUUUGUGUUGGACAUAUAUAAAGCCGAGGGAAGAACUGAAGACCCAAGACUGGUUGAUGAAAUCCCGUUCCAUGUGCCAGUGGUUCCACAGCAGACAAAUGAUGUGGAAUGUGGAAGCUUUGUCCUCUACUACAUUCAGCGGUUCAUAGAAGAUGCCCCUGAGAACUUCAGCGUUGAUGAUAUGCCAUAUUUCAUGAAAGAGGAUUGGUUUAGCCAUAAAGAGUUGGAAAAGUUCUGUGAGACGCUUCAUUCUUUGGGAACCAUUCAUUGACGAAAGUGAUAACUUCUAAUGGCUUUAACACAUCAGCAUAGCGCAGAAGAUUAGGUCCAGCUUGGAAGUGAACUUGGAAAGAUUCAAAAGGGUAAAGAGAUUCUGAUUUAGUUAUUAGUUGGUAUGGAAUCUCUAAGAGUUUUCUUCUUCUAUGCGUAGAAUUCUUUCUUUUUACGGGUUCUUUGAUUUAUCUAUCAAACUGUUGUUCUGGUUUUUCUCGGGGGCGGCCUGUUGUUAA